AUGAAGCUAUCUGGAGGAUCUACUCGUAGCGCAUCACCUCAAUCAUCUCAAGUCACCUUCAUCUCGUCCUCCAUCACGCAAACGUGCCAACAACGAUCAAGCUUCCACUGCUGCUGCUGCGAGCGGCUCUCUGAAACAGCGCAGGCGCUGAUCCAGCAAGUUGGCGAAAAGCGCGAUGGUCGUGUCGAGCAUGAUCGCUACAAGCGAUUGAAGCUUGAGAGUGACAUGUGGGCUAGGGAACUUAAAGUACGCAAUGCUCACAAUGAACGAGAACAUGCUAUGCGUCUUGCUGAGCAAGACCACCUGCACAAACGCGAGCUCAUGGGUCACCAACUGGAGCAUGCAAAGCUAGAGCUUGAGCUCGCCCGUGCACGUCAAGAAGAAGAGGAGGCAAGGAUUCGGUGUAUUGCAAUGGACGGAACCUGGGUCAAAAUUGAGUCUUGUGUUGUCAUCUUCGCGUGUUGCCUCUUGUGUUUUGAUAUAAGCAUUUGA